AUGGUUGGGCUGAAUGCGGUGUUCAUGCAAACUUACAUUGGCGGGGUCUCAUGUCCGUUAAUUUGUGGCAAGAAGCGGCUCAACCAUGGCGUUUUACUUGUGGGAUAUGGUUCCAAAGGUUUCUCAAUCCUCAGGUUUGGCAACAAGCCCUAUUGGAUCAUCAAGAACUCGUGGGGAAAGCACUGGGGAGAACACGGGUACUACCGCCUUUGCCGGGGGCACGGCAUGUGUGGAAUGAACACAAUGGUCUCUGCUGUGAUGACACAAACAUCCUAGAGAGAGUAUCAUACCUGGUGGUUCUGCUCCUCAAACAAUUAGGAAUGAGC